CGACGGCGGCGCGCGCGCGUUCCCGGUGAUCUCGCCAUACAAAACAAAGCUCUCUGCGCCCCUUUCAUUCGGGUUUUUACAGACCACAGGCUGGAUCUGCAUGAAGACGGAGAAGAAAAUCCUCCGGGGGGGGAGGAAAAAUGGAUUUACAGCUAGUCUAAUAAGCGUUACACACCUGGAUCGGGGUAGUAAAAAAAUAAUCAUCAACAACAACAAAACGCCAGGAGGUCGUUGCUUUGAUCAAAUACUGCUUUGAGUGCUUUGUCUUUGGUCAUUUACUGUUGCAAGCCAGCGUCUGGGGGGUGGAAUAAGCGAUCGCCAUGUUGUUACCAAAAGGGCUUCACUAAAGAAGGUGGACGUUUAAAGUGUGGAGGGAAUAAUAUCCUUUUAUUUCGCCCUCUCUCCAUCGUGGUCUCGCCGUUUUGCUGACUGUUUGUCCUCGGCGACAUGGCGGAGCAAAGCUACUCUUGGGCAUACUCCCUCGUCGACUCCAGCCAGGUGUCCACCUUCCUCAUUUCCAUCCUCCUCAUCGUCUAUGGCAGCUUCAGGUCGUUAAACAUGGACUGUGAGAACCAGGACAAGGACAAGGAUGGAAAUCCCACAGCUACCAGCUCUUUCAACAACACCAACUCUAACAACAGUAUUCAGACCAUCGACUCCACACAGGCUCUGUUCCUACCAAUUGGAGCAUCUGUCUCGCUUCUCGUCAUGUUCUUCUUCUUCGAUUCAGUCCAGGUGGUCUUCACCAUCUGCACUGCAGUUCUGGCUACCAUAGCGUUUGCGUUCCUGCUGUUGCCGAUGUGCCAGUACCUGACGCGACCCUGCUCCCCACAGAACAAGAUUUCGUUCGGCUGCUGUGGCCGCUUCACGUUGGCGGAGUUGCUCUCCUUUUCCCUAUCAGUCAUGCUCGUCCUCAUCUGGGUGCUCACGGGACACUGGCUCCUCAUGGACGCGCUGGCGAUGGGUCUGUGUGUGGCGAUGAUCGCCUUCGUGAGACUUCCCAGUCUGAAGGUGUCCUGCCUGCUCUUGUCUGGUCUGCUCAUCUACGAUGUGUUCUGGGUCUUCUUCUCAGCCUACAUCUUUAACAGUAACGUGAUGGUGAAGGUGGCCACGCAGCCAGCUGAUAACCCGCUGGACGUCAUCUCCCGUAAGCUGCACCUGGGCCCCAGCAUGGGCCGUGACGUGCCCCGCCUCUCGCUCCCAGGCAAGCUGGUGUUCCCGAGUUCCACGGGCAGCCACUUCUCCAUGCUGGGCAUCGGCGAUAUCGUCAUGCCCGGACUGCUGCUCUGCUUCGUGUUGCGCUACGACAACUACAAGAAGCAGGCGAGCGGCGAGGCACAGAGCCCUGCCAACAUGUCCGGGCGCAUGCAGCGCGUCUCCUACUUCCACUGCACCCUCAUCGGCUACUUCGUAGGUCUUCUGACUGCGACCGUGGCGUCUCGGAUUCACCGUGCGGCUCAGCCGGCUCUGCUCUACCUGGUGCCCUUCACCCUGCUGCCUCUGCUCACCAUGGCCUACCUGAAGGGCGAUCUGCGGCGCAUGUGGUCUGAGCCUUUCCACGCCAAGUCCAGCAGCUCCCGGUUCAUGGACGUAUGAUGGCCACGAGCGAGAUGGGCAGCAAAUUCAAUUCAACUUAUCCCCAACACACACAGAGAGAGGGAGACGGAGAGCAGGAAGACGGGAAGAGGGAGUCUCACCCGUCCUCUCGUCUCCUCAUUCGGCGGUCAGAUGGAGAGCAGCUCGACUUCACUGCCAGAUGGAUUCUGCUCAGCACAUUCACUCACCUUCUCUUUGUAUUACCUCUUCUUUCCUUACCAUCUCUCUCUCUCUCUCUCUCUCUCUCUCUCUCAUCCCCUCCCCCCAUUGGUCCCUGUUGGACUAAGAGGCCACUCCUUAAGACUCGUCUUUACGGGACACAGCCGGUGCUCAUUGAGCUCCAUGUGAUUAUUUUUUUCUAAUCGGCGUCAUUAUGGAUUUGCAGACUGUUGGUGGUGUUUUUUUUUUUGUUUGUUUGUUUGUUUAGAUUUGUUUUUGAACCACGGACUAGACACCGAGAUACAGAGACUCGGCUUAGGACAGUGAUGACCCUGAGGGGACCAACACACACACACUCUUAUAUAAACACACACUCACAUAUACAAGGCCACAGAUGCUUUCCUGCUUCUCUCUCUUUCUCUCUCUCUCUCUCUCUCUCUCUCUCUCUCUCUCUCUCUCAUCCUCUCUUAUAAGCCCCUCCCCCUUUACAGAUAUGUGUAUUUUAUUUAGAAAAGAUUUUAUUCUUGGCAUAUACAGAAACGACGCAUUAUGAAACGGAGUGUGUCCUUACCGUCGAGAAGGCCACGCCCCCUCUAUGUAUAUAUGUGUACACACAUUAGGGUUACCAUGUUGGGGUGCAAAGUGUGUAUGUUUGUGUGAUCAAAAUACUGUGUGUGUGAGAGAGAGGUUAUUUUUCUGUGCUUUUUGCCCUUUGUUGCUUUUUUAGGUGGAUUUGUAGUCAGGGGUUUGACGGGAAACAUGGUUUUGGUUUGGUUUGGUUUAUUCCACCCCCCACCCUCCACUCUGAACGUCACCCCCUGUACACUUUUUUUUUUUUAUGACCACGUUUCCUCAAUUAAAGAAACGGUUUGGACGAUUUCUCGCUUCGAAGACGCGUUUGCGGUCCGUCUAAAGGUCAGGGUUCCGGUCGUCCCCUCCACGUCUUGUUUCUCGUUAUAGAUUGCACUAAAUCUCACCGUAUCCGAGUCUGCUGUACAGCGCUGCUGAAUCCUCCAAUCAGAAGCCUGUCAAUGAAAACAUUUAACGUAAAUAAUAUCGACGUACACGUUCACGCACGUUAUCGUUUCCAUAGCGACGAGCUCUACGGUGAUCUACGGGCGCUUUCACGUACACAGUGUUUAAGCCGUUUUCCGACUCAAGCCCUGGUCGUCUUCAGUCUGGUUUCCGUGGCGAUCGCAGUCUCCUUUUGAUCGUCCACCAUUUAAGGGAAGUUUAAAAAAUCCUCUGUAGACGUGAACAGGAAUGUUCUACGCUCAUGCAGUCGCAUCGCUUCCGGAGAUUUCCGACCGAACACGAAAGAGAAAAAUAAAACCCCGGAGAAGAUCCACAGAAUGAUCCAAGCUCGGCGCUUUGGUGAAAU